AUGUCGCUCCUUGCGAGUAACUUGCAUCAGGCCCGUUUCAAUGGCACAUUGAAUGUAGCAGUAAGUCCAAAUAGCAGCAAUACUCCUUUAAAUCUUGAAUCUGAGACAAAACAUCACAGACCCCUUAACUCAGAACCUGUGCCGGACUGGGAGGAAGCGAUAGCUACUUUUAAAUGGGGCUGGGAAUUGCACUGGAUCUCAUUUGUCGUGUUAUUUUUGGGACUUGCCGUAUACUCCACAGCGAAGCUCGUCGCCGCUUCAAAACGGCGGCAAGUUCGGGAAAAAGUAUCCCGUAAUGUCUCCUACGCUGUGCACUCGUUGUUAAUAGUUCUCGGGAUCACUCGGGCACUCGCGCUGGUACUUUUCCCGUACGAGGUAACAACAAACUUAAAUGAAGCAGAUAUUGUCAUACCUUUGUAUGUUCACCGGAUUAUCUUUGGUCUGGGAUUUCCUUGUUUCAUGGCGGCGUUUGCUCUGAUACAAAUAACAUUCACGGCCAGCGUGAAAACCACACCGCUGACUUACUCUAAGCUGAGAAGGAUUCGAUUUCUCGUUCUUGUCAUCAUCGGGCAUUUCAGUGUUGUUAUUGUAGCAGAUGUGGUCACUGCUUUGGUGGAAAGUACCUCUGCCUUAUACAUGGUCUGCACCGCGUAUCUUCUAUCCAUGACCCUGUUCACGGGUAUCCGUAUUACCAAAACUGGUUGGAAAGUCGUUCGCGAGAACAGAGAACAUGGAGCAACCAUGCCAAGUUCCAUGACGGCAUCGACCAUGUCUAUUGGUACUGCACACCGCAUGCGUCAGGCCUCGUUUAACAGAAGAGCAGUACGCAAAGUUUUUACCAUUACUACAUUGACAGUAUUUUUCUGCAUUGCAUUAUUUGCGUUAAAAAUCUACGAUUUAGUGGAAGUCAUAGAAUAUGUGUAUGUGUAUAAUAAAGACAAAGAGUUGGCUCCAUGGCCAUGGUUUAUUCAUGAAACUUUGUUCCGUUUAACGGAGUUUGGUUUAGCCUGUACUGUUAUUUACGCUGUUUCGCCUCUUAAACCUCCCAAGAAGUGCUUACUUGGUUGCAGCUGGUGUUGUUUUGGGUCAGGAACGGAUGAAAUCACCGCGAGUAGAGGUGAAUACCGGGAAAGAACAGGAACCAAUCAGAUGACAAGCCUUGGACCUCCUCCUGAAACUGCCGGCAAUAAUAAUGUUUAACUUUCGGUUUGCAAAACGAACUCAUUAAUGUAGUUAGAAAAUCAGAGCAGCGAGUAGAAACAAUGGGACAAUUGCAGAGAUUUAAAGUAUUUGUCACAAAGAAUCCAUAAAGACUACUGCCGUGGCCACUCCGCGUAAUUUUGUUCAGAAAAACGGCUGUUGCUGAUCUGCUGUUAAAAAUGUUUUCACUCGACCUUGACAAUCUUAUCUGUAACAGACAAUAUUUCGAAUUAAAUGGUAAUUUACGACGAUGUAAUUCGAACUGAGAGUUGUUAUAGAUUGAAAAAUUGACAUCGUAGAGCACCAAAACUUUUGAGCUUCUCAUUGCUAAAGCGGGCAUGAAAAUCUUUUAGAGCCUUGUUGAUCAGAUUAGCCAACCUCACGGUGCUUUCCGCUCGUGCUCACAAAAUUCGAAUCAUAGUCCUUGCAACAGCCAAUCAGAGCAAAGAUAUAUCAAAAGGAUAGAUAUCAGAAGGAGCCAAUGAGAACCCAAUGCAAAAACAAGCAAACAAGCGCGGGGAAACGUGAGUGACGAAGUCGCGAUGGGUUUAAUCUUGCAUCUGAUUAGUCGAUUGGCUAAGGUGAGAUUUCUAAAACAAUCGAGAAAUGUAGUAACACCAGAAAUACACGUGCAAUCCAGGACUUCGGUAAUCAAGCACUAGUCAAGAAUUCUUGUAAGACCGAAGACGACAUCAGUUGACCAGUGGUGAAGAAGUUUCACACCUUACAAAAUAUUUUUUGUCAUAAACUGAACGUAAAUUAUGAAAGAGAAUCAGUAAUGUUUUGCUAAUCGCUAAUCGAGCGUUCCUGGAUUGGAUGAUUUUGCUGCGUUCUUGUUCAACACACUCCCUCCAAUUUUUCCCCACUUGAGACGUUUUUUCCAAAAAAUGUAGAAUGAAUACGUCGGUACGCAACCCGCCCAAAUCCCUCACUCCCUUUUUCACCCUCUGCUUUUUUCAUGACCAGAAUUUUUCCCGAACUCUCUAAUGUUGACAUUGACCCAGUGGAAUGUAGCCUGAAGCUAGCUCGUUGGCGGAGGGAAGUAAUUUCUUUGACACGAACUUGACGUCAUCCUUUCCAAGAGCCCUUACGCGUAGGAUCCUUACGCAAUAAACCGCAUUUUCUAUUGUUUUAUCGGUGUUAUAACCCAUGCAGGAUGUUGAAAGAACACGCGAAACGUUUGUAAAUCAAGAGCUAGGGGCAAGCGAUCCACAAAGUAUCAAAAUAACACUUUUAAAAUAAAGUAAACUUAUACAGGUACAAUAAACGAAAGAUUUUUGACCAAUCAGAGCGCUCGUAAUAUUUCAGUUUUUUUAACUUUUGAAUGAUACAAUGAUUACGAAAUUGUAUGGUUUGACACUAGGUUAAACCUCUUACAUUAUAAUGCUUUAUAGUGUGCGUAGCUGUGGGAGUUUUGUAAGCUCAAUAAAAAUAGAAUCGGGUGGUGAAACCGCCAAGACGUGGUUCAAAUCCUUUAAGCUUACACAAAAUUCAAAAAGUGCCUUUGACUUAUCAUGCCCGCCUCCGCUCACGGAUACCUUGUUGAAGAAUUAUUAGAUUUAAUUUGAGUCAGGUUUGAGCCCGAUUUUAUCUCAAGGCUUCCCUAAUUUCAACAAAAUUGUGUUAAUUCAAAACUCGCCGUGAAAUAUUUUUUUAGUACUUGUAAGACUCUAUAACAGAGUGCAAACCAAUGGAACUUAUUGAAUGCUGAUUUACUGAGACAGGCGGAAUUUGUCAUUAAUUUUGGUAAUUGACUUGACACCGAAAACAUUUAAAAAGGGUUAACAUUGCCUAAAAGUAUUUAGAUUUCAUUGAUGGCGAAUCUUUUUUUUAGCAGGGCUUGUUUCAUUGCUUUGGCGUUGCAGGACAAAAAAGAAUUUAAUUCAGCUGAUUCGUGCGUUUACAGUUUAUUGACGCUAAAUGAACGCUGAAGUGGCUUCCUACGAAAUUGUGUAACAGCGUGCGUUUUUUACUUAAUUGUAAUUAAAAGAGAGUUAAAUUUAAUAUAACAGUAGUUGCAAUUUGCUGUGCCAAGGUAACAAUAGACCAAAAUUUGAAAGUUUAAUCGGUUAAACUACUAUAACAGAGCAGUUAUUUUCGAACAAUCUUUUCAACUACACAUUUUGAUCAAUCCUUGAGCGGCUAGUCAUUUUAAAAAGGUUGACAUAACAAACAAAUGAAUCUGAAGUAAGCAUAUUCCCAUUUCCUGCCCCCGUGGCUGUCGCAUAAGAUUGUUUGAGAUGUGGUAUUUUGGAGCAAUUUAUCUCAUCUUCGCUAUUGUAUACAGCUAUUUUUACGCCCGACAAAUAAUGAAUUCUUUUGAAUCUUAAAAUUGCAAGCACAGUAUCAUAACUUCUGUUGAAAUAGGGUUGUAGUCUUUUUUUAUUGCAUUUCUGAUUUCAAGCAAACUUUUGAUCGACAAACUUGAGUGGAUGUAUUACUCUUUUGAAAUUCAAACAAGGGUUUGAUUUUUUCUAAACAAGAAUUUAACCGUUUUUGAAACGGAUUCCUACCGUUGAGCAAACGCUUGAAUGACAAAUAGAUCUAAAGAAUGGAGUCAUUCACGUGAGGCAAACGAUUUCUGAGUAAAUGCUGAUCUAAAGAAAAGAGUCAUUCAUGUGAGGCAAACGACCACUGAGUAAAUGCUUUGGGGUGUCCUUAGUCGAAUUUUAUUGGUGCCGAAACAAUAGACAAAGCGAUAACUUGCCAACAAAAAGAGCGCCAAAGAUUGUUAAGCUUAUUAACAAGUCAAAUUUAUGACUGAGGUUUAGAUGACGAUAGAAUUUGUCGUUCUUCCUACGUGCGCUCGCCGUGUGUUUAUUUGCAAACGAUCCUCGACAUAAACACCAUCGUCUGUGGUUUUGUUUUAAAAAAUUCCGAUCGCAAACUUUAGGCGAAGAGGUUCACGUUUUCAAAGUUAAGUUAAAAAGGCUUGUUUAAAGUGAAAUUCCUUAAGAGCAAGUAAGCUUUUCACUUCAGUGACAGAAAGUUUCAUCAUGUCUAAGAAAGAAGUGAAAGAAACGAAAAAAUCUGUUUCUAUAUUCUCGUUGUGGCGGUGCUGCCUUAGUGGAGAGACGAACAGACCAAAAGUGCAGAAAAAAUCUGUGGCAAAAGACCAGCCAGACGCCCCAAUAGAAAAAGGGAAAGAAGCUUUGGAAGACAAGGGAAAAGUUGUUGACAAAACUAGUGACUUGGAACUUGAAUACGUGGCAACUCCGCCGGAGUCGGCGCCUGUGGUUUCACCAAGCGACGAUUACAGACCCAGCUAUGAAGAAGCGAAUACUGUAUCAACAGCGCCGUCUACUGUGGGAAGCGAGGAGGAUUCCACCUUAAACGCGCCCGCGAGUAUUCAAGUUAUGCAAGAGAAUGGCACUCCUUCGAAAAUUACCAGGGAAAUCGGGACGGGUGGACGACUAAAUCUGCAGUUCGUGUAUGAUCCUGCACCAUCCAAACUGACCCUGACUCUACUGGGAGUAGAAUUCCCUCCAUUCCAGAAGUGGAAGAUGGAUGAUCUAGAGGUGAGUUGCACUCUAUUGCCCAUUCAUCAGCAUAGCUUCCGUGCGCGUCCAAAGAAGUUCAAGGAUCCGUUUACAAUGACUCUGACGCCGAAAGAGAAAAUCAAAACAAUGUCCCUCAGGUUUCGUUUGUACAACCACCGCGCCAUGUCCAAACAUCUGAUUGGCCAGGGAGUUGUGAGCCUUGGAGAAAUAAAUCUCACUCCACAGGCGGUUAAAAUCGCCUUGGAUCUGAAUAUUCCCGAGACCUACGCCAUUGACUCCCGCUACAUAGAGUCUGUCACGGGCGCUGACGGGCAGACAUCGUCAGAAGAUUCCAAACCUGAAAUUUUACUCUCUCUGGAAUACCGUUCCUUGACAAGAAAACUGAUUGCUGAAGUUAUAAAAACCCGCCAUCUGGGUCUCCUCAACAACUCCAAACCGCAAGACCUCGCGGUUGAAAUGAAGCUGAUUGGAGAUAACAACCAAGUGUUACGCGUAUGUCGAACCUCGCUAAAGAAACACGUUAUCGAUGCAGAAUUCAACGAGAUGUUUAUGUUUCGCGUGACGUACGACAAGCUGUCCAGCAUCGCCGUCGUUUUCACGCUGUUCCGUAUGACAGAGAGGCGAGGAAAGAGAGAGAAUAUUGGAGAAGUUUGCUUUGGAAAACAGUCCAGUAGUCAUGAGCAGCAAAAUCAUUGGAAUCAAGUCGUGACGGGACCUGAGCGCGUUGUCACGCAAUGGCACCCACUCUUUAAAUAA